AAAACGGCUACCACACAGCUUAGAUCUUGGAAGUUGUGUAACCAGUCUGGUAGCUAGAACUACAGCUGUGUGUUCUGAGUUGGUUGCGGGUUGACUACCAAAAUGGCACAAGAAUUCGUGAAAGCUCAAAUCAAAGGGGACAAAGUGGUCGUGUUCUUGAAGCCCUCUUGUCCUUAUUGCGUUAUGGCGAAAGAUGUUUUGUCAAAAUAUAAAGUGAAAAAUGGGCACUUGGACUUCAUUGACAUUAGCGGAAGAAACGACAUGAGCGGCAUUCAAGAUUACCUUAACCAAAUCACCGGUGCUCGUACGGUGCCGCGGGUGUUCAUCGGGGAGAAGUGUGUGGGGGGUGGCAGUGACGUGGCGGCGCUGGAUAAGAGUGGUAAACUGGAGGGCAUGCUGCAGUCCAUUGGAGCGCUGCAGUGACCAGAGACACACACACACACUACUUCAAGGCGGGCGGCGGGCCGAGGCGGCCGCGGCAGGGGCGGGUGCAGGUGCGGGCGCAGGGGUCACGGGUCACAUGAGGUUGCAGCGGGACUUGCGCAGCUGCCGCCGCCGCUGCUGGUACUCGCUCAGCUCCUGCAGGUAGCCCCUGGACGGCCAGCGCAGCCUCUCCACGUGCUCCCGCUCCUCGUCUGAGACCAACCACAACCACAACAACAAAACAACCACAACCACCAUAAACAAGCAAGUCAAUAGACAACCAUCUGUAACAAGCAUACCACUAGAAGUCAACAAGGGCAUAUUUCAAAAAGAAGGUUUGGUCUCUUUGCUAGAUACCUCAACUCUGUGGUCAGUGGUGAAUCUAGUGUGAUAAGUGACCUGUUUGGAAAAAAGGAUGAAAAUCUGAUGGUUUUCUAUGAGAUGUUUUAUAGAACCAUCUUUUUGAAAUAUGCCCCAGACAACAUUAAAUGUGACUCUAUGGCCACAAGUCUUCUCUACCCAACCAUCUACCAGUAAAUGACAUCUCAGCCAAGUGAACUGUAAUGAUCAUGCAUGAGCUAAAUAGGUAGGCUACAUGGUGCACCAAGUGCCUAAAAGUGCCAGUUUCUGUUGUUAUUGUUUUGUCAUGCCCAGCCAGUUUGAAUUGUACAAUUGUUGUAUUCGCAUUUGGGACCAGAGCAAGUCUGACAUUGAAGGCAUUUACUAUAGUUAUGCACUAAAAUGUUUACAGAUUGAUUGCAUGUUGCACUGUCAUUAAGGUUACGAUGUUAUUUGCAUUUUAGACUCGCCAAUAUCAAUGUCUGAGUGUUCCCUUUAACAAACAAAAAAAUCACAUUUGUGCACUUAUGUUUGUGUGUCCUUGAAAACCCCGUCCAUUUCCUCCUCUAAUGAAAAUGAAUGCCUGUGGAAAUAAACUUUGAAGCCAGUCACACCUUA